AAGCCAAUACCAGUCAUGUCGUGCACAGACAGAGUGGGUCCAUUUUUCUAAUCAAUAAACCCGUUUGUUAACAUUUCAGCUUGAUCUGGGGGUCAGAAAACGAGGAUUUAGUCGACUAACUCCUCCCUGGGUUUCGCCAUUUUGACGAGCUUGGCAUCAUUUAUCCGCUGAACAAAUGCCAUUUAGGUGUGGGAGGGUCCAAAGCUCAGUGGAUUUUAUAACUUUAACUAUAUUACAUAUACUACCUGACGGCUCUUGGGGCUGGCUACAUAUGCCAAGCAGCAGUACUUGGAGUUGUAGUAGAAGUAGUAGUAGUAGUAAUAUUGUUUUGGAGAAUGUCUAAAGAUGCGGUGUAUGAGAUGGAGGAUCACCCUUCAAUGGAUUCGGGGCCCAUUGUCACAUUCUACCGGCUGCAUUACAGCGUCCAGGAAACUAGGUUCUGUCGAAAGAACGGCCCGGAGAAGCUCAUCCUCAAAGAUGUCAGCGGCAUCAUGAGACCGGGUUUGAACGCGAUCAUGGGCGCAACGGGCAGCGGCAAAACCUCGCUGCUAGACGUGAUCGCAGGCAGGAAAGACCCCCGGGGACUGAAGGAGGGCGAGGUGCGGGUGGAUGGGCGUCCUGUGACCUCUGAACUUAGACUUAGCUCCGCCUAUGUGGUCCAGGACGACAUCGUGAUGGGGACCCUGAGUGUGAAAGAAAACCUCCUCUUCAGCGCUAACCUGCGUCUGGACCCCUCACAGCAUUCCACCAAAGAAAAGAAGAGCCGAGUGGACGCCAUCAUCCAAGACCUGGGCCUCACCGACUGUGCAAACACCAAGAUUGGUACAGAGUUCUUGCGUGGCGUGUCCGGAGGCGAGAGGAAGCGCUGUAGUAUCGGCAUGGAGCUCAUCACCUCUCCCUCCCUGCUCUUCCUGGACGAGCCCACCACCGGACUGGACUCCAACACGGCCAACUCCAUCAUCGGCCUGCUGCACAAACUGUCCCGCAGAGGUAAAACAGUGAUCUUCUCCAUCCACCAGCCUCGCUACUCCAUCUUCAGGCAGUUUGACCACCUGACCCUCAUGCACAAGGGGGAGAUGGUGUACGCCGGAGCAGCCGUCCAAGCCCUGGACUACUUCACAAACCUCGGAUACCAGAUUGACACCUUCAACAACCCGGCCGAUUUCUUCAUGGACAUCACGAACGGAGAGACCAAAUCGACAAUGCCACCUUUUGACUCAGAGGACGCCCACACCUUCCUGGGUGAAAGGUACCGUCAGUCACGGCAGGGCAGAGUUGUGCUGGAGGAGCUGGAGCAAGCCCACAAGAACGAGGUUCUGGGAGGCAAGAGCUCGGACCAGAGCGUAGGCUACGCCACAUCCUUCUUCUAUCAGAUUCGAGUGGUGUGUAAACGCUCCAUCCUGAACCUCCUGAGGAACCCACAGACCUCGUACGCUCAGCUGGCUCUCAACGUCUUCUUCGGGAUUCUGGUGGGACUCAUCUACUACCAGAUGCCCAAAACAAUGCCAGAGGCCAUCCAGAACAGAAGUGGAGCCUUCUUCUUCCUCAUCAUCAACAUGGUGUUUGGUAACCUGUCUGCUGUGGAGCUGUUUAUCAAGGAGAGGGUCAUCUUCAUUCAUGAAAACUCCAGUGGCUACUACCGCACUUCUGUGUACUUCCUGUCCAAGAUCUUUGCAGAUAUCCUCCCAAACCGCGUCGUCCCCAUCGUCGUGUUCGCAAGCAUUGCCUAUUACAUGAUGGGUCUGAGGCCUGAGUUUCUGGCGUUCGUGUGCUUCGCUCUGAACAUGGUUCUGGUCAGCCUGGCAGGAGUGGGUCUGGCCUUCCUUGUCUCGGCCAGCGUGUCCACCUUCGCCAUGGCCAACAUCCUGAUCGCCCUGCCCUUCGUCUUUAUGAUGGUCUUCGGCGGUUUCCUGGUCAAUCUUAACUCCAUGCUGAGCUGGCUUUCCUGGAUCAAGUGGCUCAGUAUCUUCAGUUAUGGACUCAAUGCUGCCUACAUUAUUGAGUACAAAGGACAGAUCUUCUUGGACAACACGACUGAGAUCAGAGGAGAGGUGCUCCUCGAUAUGCAAGGCCUGGACUACUCAGCGUGGGGCUACUGGCAGAACGAGGUGGCUCUGAUGGGGAUGAUUCUGGUCUGCAUGUUCUUCGCCUACAUCCAACUGCUACGGAUCAACCGCUGGAAAUGA